CUGGUAGAAGAGCUAAAAAAUUACUAAAAUGCCACCAAAUCUAGGAGAAGAGGACACAAUUGAAAGGAUCAUAAAGGAUCCAAAAUCUGUUUCCUGGGAAACAUUCAAAGAAUUUGGAAUCGACCCUGUCUCCCUCAUCCCUCCGCGCCGAGACUAUGACUGGAGCGUCCACAGCAAGCUUCCUGUCCACUCAUACACUGGAGUCUCCUCCUUAUGGAGAACCAGGAAGACCUUUGUGCCUGCGAAAUACAAGAGUUUCUGCUCAAAUGUGUCCAGCACUGACCGUGAGAAUCUCUACAGCUCAUCUGUAAGAAACACUGACCAGGGUGACAAGUGGCAAGCCAACACUUCUGCAGAUGAUGAACUGAUUGUGUAUGACACUGAGGUGAUCUAUGUGAACUGCACCCCAGACAAUGUUGAAUCAGAAACCAAUGUCCGCUCAGAUAACGAAACGUUUUAUCAGAGCCCAGAAUCAGACAGCCAUCUGGAUGAUUCCGUGGACAACGCUUAUGAGCUUCUGGCCAGUUUCAAGCUCAAUGAUGCGGAAACAAUGUUCCUGAACGUGUUCAAAGACCUGGAUGAAACUUCUGAGGAAGGCAAACAGUCAACAGUGAAGGUGAUGAUGGGUCUGGCUGAGAUCUGCUUACGGAAAAGUCGUAUGACACGUGGGAAUCCAAUGGAGAGUCAGUGGCUGCAAGCGCACAACAUUGCACUUCUGCAGUAUGCUGUUCAGCUGUGCAGUGAAGCACUGCAGAGUGAGGGCAACAACCAAAUGAUCACCUGGUAUCAAGAGCAGCACAAUUGUGCGCUUAAAAAAAUGAAACCUGCAGAGGAGAACUUUGUUAAGUCCAUGUACACAUACAUCCAGAGUGACAAAGCUUCUCUUCAACGUCAGAUGUUCUUUUCACUCUCUGCACCCACAACGCCAACGGGAGAAUUCAACUUUCCCCUGAGCAGCACCCCACUUCAGCAUGUCUUCCCUGGGGUACAGUUCCAGAGGAAUGCCUCUGUGGAACACUUGUCAUCGGAAAAUAAUGCUUUUCCUGGGGGACUCCAAUGGAUGGUGAAAUUUCAAGAAUACUGCCAAGACCGUCUCCGAAGUAAGGAUUCAGCGCGAAUCGUGGAGCAGCUGUUUUCAUUGAACUCUGAAAUUUCUGACCUACUGAAUAAGGAUCCGGAGGAUUGUGAUAAAGACAAGGCUACUGCACAAUCCGAAACAAAACCUGAUGAAGGAUGUAAUGAUAUAACUCAAGAAUUAGACGUGCCAUCUGAACAGCAGUCUGAUGAAGGAUGCAAGGAUAAUGUUCAGGAAUCAGGAAUCAGAGAUGAGGCUGUAGAGCUUCAGACAGUGUCUCCUCUACAUGCCUGUACAGUGAGCCUCACCCUAGCCAAACUGAUAAGUAAACUUGCAGAAAAACUGGUCGGAGAAGGAGAAUGUGUGAAAGGGGAAGCCCUGUAUGAACAGAGCAGAGAAAUUCUAGAGUUCAUUCAGGAUGGAACAAAAGGUAUGGUGGUGCUGUAUGCCCAGACUGUCAAGAAACUAGGGAUGCUGAAGAUUAAACUAGGCGAUAUUAGCUCUGGCAUCCAACUGCUACAAACAGCCAUUCGCUCAUACAGGGAAGUGGGCGAUGAGGCCUCUAACGGAGACAUUGCCUUGGCGCUAGUAGAAAUUGGGGACAGUCAUACCAUUGAGAAAUGGGAUUCGGAGUCCAUAUUUGAUCAUGUUAUUGAUGUCAUACGAGAGGCUUUUGACAAGGAAUCUCUUGCUGAUGUCCCACUUACGUCUAAGAGCAACAAUGACCCAGAGGAGAGCAAGUGCAAUUCACCAAGCAAAGAGAUGAGCCAGAGCUACUGUUCGAGCACUCAGGAAGCCAUAUGGUGUUAUGAGGAGGCCAUUGACAUCCUUGAGAAUCUGCCAUUGUGCGAUGUUCUGAACAGUACCGUGUAUGCCCGUGCCAUCACCAGGCUUGGGGAUUCGCACUUCAUACAACAGGAGUACAAUGAAGCUCUGUUCUGCUACGAGAAAGCUCAGACACUCUUCCGUGUGACAAGCGGGAGGAGUGCCCUAAUACAGCAUGGUCACGUCCUCUGCAUGCUUGGCACUACCAGUUUCAUGUUACAUCUCUACCCAAAAGCUGCCAUGGUUUUCGAGUGUGCAUACCGUAUGCUGAAGCACGCAUUCAGGGGAGAGUACCCUUACAAAAUGGCCCUCCUUUUGUCUCUGCUGGGAUUAGCCACUUACAAGCUCCAGCAUUACCACAAGUGUAUUUCAUGGAGCUUCCGUGCCUAUGAAAUGUACAUUGAUCUGUUUAAAGACAGCCUAACAAAUCUGCCCAGACAGAAGCUCUGGAUAGCCUGCCAGACUCUGUACAUCCUGGGGAAUUCGUACAACGUCCUGAAUCUUCAUGAGAAGGCCAUCCACUACUUAACCCUUGGGAGAUCCAUCAUGACUGUGGCCAGUAACACGGACAGGCGACAGUACAUGCGGGUUCUACAAGUCCUGGGGGACUGCUACUUUGCGCAGUACGACUACAAGACAGCUCUCACGUUUUACAACGAGGCGCUGCAAGACUUUGAAGGAGAAGCCUUGCAGCUGAUUCGCGUUCAUCAGAACAUCGCGGAGCUGAACCAGUCUUCGGAUGACAAGGGUUUCCACAAUCAACUACUGAGCAGAUCAGCCGAUGCUCACCUCCACAUGCAGGAGUACAAGGAUGCAUUCGGGCUUCUUGCACAGGUCAGCAAUAUUCAGGACGUUUUAGAAGAUGACAUAAAGGGUGAUCUGGUGACGACACUCCAUCAACUAGGCAACAUGCACUCUAUGUCUGGGGAUGCAGACCAGGCCAUCCAGUCAUUCAAGGACUGUGUGGAAAUAUACCAGGAGGUGCACGGGGAUCUUGGGCCCGAGAUGAGCAUCAUUCUGGGCAACCUGGCCACAAUGUGCUACGUGAAGGCAUGCACCAGCGAAGGCGCCGAAGAGGAGUUGGAGAUGACCAUAGCUGCAGAGCAGAACUUCCAGGAUGCCAUUGCCCUGGAGAAUAAUCUCAACGUUCUGGUGAAGUAUUCCAGCUUUCUGUUCAGCCAGGGAAACUAUGACGAUGCUGUCAUGUAUCUCCAAGACGCCUUAAAGCAAGCCCAUGAAGAGCAGUUGAUUGGUUACAGUGGGCUAGAGAAGGUCACUCUGCCAGAAGUUCUCCAGGAUGAGGUGGAUUAUCAGUCCGAGGUCAGCUUCCCAGCUACACCUCUCAUCCACUACCUCCUGAUGGUAUCACACAAGGCACUGGGUGAAAUGAAAGUGGCAGAGGACCAUCUCCUCCUCCUGAUGAAGGAGGUCAUGAAGGGAGACAACCCUGUCAUGCACUCUCUGGUAGGCUAUGCUCUCAUGGACAUGGGGAUGUUCAAGGAUGCGGCAGAGUUCUUUGCUAUUGCGUUUCACAUGAAAGAGGAUUAUCAUUUGGCCACAGACAAUUAUUGUACAUGUUUAGGGAUCAUGGUACUACACACUCUACAGAAAUCUGUGGAAAACAUCUACUUCAGCAGAAACAAAGAGCAGUAGAAGCAACAUAGUACAUGCAGCAGAGUCAGCAAGCCACCUCUUCACACAACUCCUGAAGCAAAACAAGUGCUCUAUGAUGUUACAUGUUUCUGAACUAUCUGUCUUUCUUGGGUCUACUUUUCUGUGUAUUACUGGCGUACCAAACUUGUUUUAAUAGACACUACACAUGCAUACAUUCAAUCAGAUGAAAGCAUUAUAUCAGGUGGGCAUAAAAGAAUGGGCCGUACUUUGACACUCAAUAUUUCUGUUACCCUCUUACGUCAGCUUCUAAAAAUUUACACACUUACAAGCCAUUAUGUCCUAAGUAUACAGACCAAAGCUCAAUUUCAUCCUUUAAGAUUUCUGUUCAUGGGACCAAAAUCGAGUCAAAAACGCAUGUUCCAGACAUUUAAAAAUGAUGUUCUAUCUUGUUUUACUUGAAAAGGUGAUCAAUUGGUCCUCCAUCUUGGCGCGUAAAUGUUUCUUCCGAGAAAUGAUCGAGUCCCGAAUUUCCUUUAAUUUUUUUCCAGCAGUCCUUGAUGCAUGCUUUUAGUUCAUCCUCAGUGAAUUUUUCCAUGCAACCCUCAUAGGUCCCUGACAGGUGAUGCAAUGUGGGUCACCAAAACGUGCAAUUUUGAGGGUAUGUUUUCAUUUUAACCCUGUGUACAGACUACUCAAGCUAUGACCUUGAAAAUUGAUCAGUAUAUUAACAAAAUCCUGUCAUUUGAAUGUCUGAAUUUUGAAAGGGUUUGAACUAAGGAUAAUGGGGCAAUGCAGCAUCAAAGUACGGCCCAUUUUUUAUGCCCACCCGAUAUAUACUACAUGCAGUAAAUGACCUAAAAUUUUGCCCCCAAAAAUUGGAUUGUUAGAGACAAAUAAAUGUCAUAAAAUAUUACAUUUAGUAAUGACAUUUUCCCAGUCAUAUCAUCCUACAUUCCAAACAAAGUUCAGACCACUUUUCUAAGACCAAUACAAAUCUCAGAAUCUGGCAAAAUAUGCAUCUUGGUAAUAGGAGAAAUUUUAGGCCGCCACCUUUGUAUAGUAAUUUAAAUCUUAAUCCUUUUCGAAUGAUGUUGUCAAAAUAGAUCUUUAUAACGAUAGGUCUUUAUAAUGAUCUAUAGCAUGUGAAACUUGUCCUGUCUUUUCUCUCUAUCUCUUCCUCUUUACCUUAUGAAUAUUCAUAUACAUAUAUCUAAGCAGCAUUAGCAGUUGUGAUCAACACUGUAGCCAGCAGCCCUAGAUUUGCUUGCAAGCUAAAUCGCUAGUGUAUCUUGUCUGCUGUUUAAUUAAGUUGAAUGUAUUUUUAUACAACACACAGAGGAAGGUUAUUUCACAAACUGUUUACGUUGUAGAACUGCUAACAUUUUCAAAUAUGCAGUUCUUCUGUGAUACAUAUAAAUACUUCACAUGCAUUUGGUGCUACUG